GAAUGCGGGUUGAUUGUGUUUCAUAUUAAUUGAGAUUUUGCAGUAGCAACACAAUGCUAGUGAUAGUCAAGCCAUACCAACUUCUAAUGGCGUGACAAACUUAAAAGAGACGGCUUUUUCUUUGUAGAUAUGCAUGCAGAAUCACGUUUUCGCAAUAAAAGCUACAGACUCGUCUUCGAAUUUGAUUUGACGUCGGUUUACUUAAGAAUUCCGACGUUCCUCGCAGCCCGUGAAGGCAGCACCAUUUUGCUUAUGUGCUCUUGUUGGGCAAACGAAGAAGAAAACAUGGUCAUGUUGUGAGUUUGGAGACGAUGCUAACCUCUGUGACAACACGACGGGACAAACGCGCUGCGUGGCCCCAGACUGCGGUGUCUGAAGGAUGUACGGAGCCGUUGGAGGCUGCUGCUACUUCAUGAUCGGUCGGGAGGUCUGGAGGCGACACAUCGAGAAUAACGGAGCGCAGCUGACAGGCGGAUCAUCGACCGUCGUACCGCUGAACACUCGGCCGCCUGUUCGGAGCCUCCGUCGGUCGGAGGGCUAAAUGACGAAGCUAGCGGCGGCAGGAGGCUGGGACGGGCGGGCAGACAUCCGAGCUGGAAGCAGGUGGGCCAGAGAUGGGAAAUGACACCGCACUGCUCCAAAUCCAUCCGCUUGAGCGAAGGAGGAGAGCCCCUGAGGCGAAAUAUCCCGGGAGAGAAACCCGUCUGGUUGUUUUGACGCCGUAACCGUUUUAACUGCAUCCUAACAGCAACGAGUCGCUUUUUUUGUUGGCCGUUUUUCAUCACUUUGCGGAAAUGUCCUUCACAAUGGAGGAUAAUUUGGAGUCGGGCUGGGUAGCCGUGCGCCCGAAUGCGUUUGAGGAGAAGGAGAAGCAUAAAUUUGUGUUUAUCGUCGCCUGGAAUGAGGUGGAGGGUAAAUUUGCCAUUACGUGUCACAACAGGACGGUUCAGAGGAGAAGCUUCGGUAGAGACCCGCCGCUGGAGGCGACCAGUGUGGAUGGAGACAAAACAAAAUGGCCCGAAAGUCCAGUUAAAGUCUCCAGGAGCCCUAGCAAAGCAGGCGAGGCUAAAGGAUGCAGCCCCAAAACCAAGACUGUGACACCGAAACCGAGCCCCGUCAAAAUACAAACCGUCACCCCGGACACCGACAGAGAGGAGCUGUCUCCCUCCCUGGACUGCCUGGACCUGGAGGAGCUGGACAGCCUGAGCCGGGAGGACUGCAGCUGGGCCGGACUCUUCUCCUUCCAGGACCUCCGUGCGGUCCACCAGCAGCUCUGCUCGGUCAACUCGGUGCUGGAGCCCUGCCUGCCGGUGUUCCCCGAGGAACCGGCCGGGAUGUGGACGGUGCUGUUCGGCCCGGCAGAAGUCCCCGAGACGGAGAUGGACGAGCUGUGCUACAGUUUACAGGUGUACCUGGGUCACGCGCUGGACACCUGCGGAUGGAAGAUCCUGUCUCAGGUCCUGUUUACAGAAAACGACGAUCCGGAUGAGUACUAUGAGAGCCUGAGCGAGCUGAGGCAGUCCGGGUACGAGGAGACCCUCAACCGUGCAACAAAACAUCUGCAAGAGCUGCUGGAGAAGCACAGGGCCAUGGACAGCAUGGUGGAGCUGUUGGAGCUUUAUGAGGAAGAAGACCAGGCCUAUGGAGGUCUGCUGGAGGCCUCCACACAGCUGUAUCAGUACCUUCUGCAGCCCUUCAGAGACAUGAGGGAGCUAGCGAUGCUACGCAGACAGCAGAUCAAGAUUUCCAUGGAGAAUGACUACUUGGGCCCAAGGCGGAUUGACGCUCUAAAAAAGGAGGACUCUGACUGGCAGAAGAAAGCUCAGGAGGCCGUCCUCAACAUCCAGGAGUUUACAGUAAAAUACUUUGAGAUCACUGCCAGAGCCCAGAAAGGGGUGUACGAGCGCAUGAAAGUAGACCAGCGUAAGUUUGGUAAAUCUUCGUGGACGGCGGCGGUGGGGCGCAUGGAGAGACUGCGCUACUCUGUCACCAAGGAAACCCUGCAGCUCCAGAGAGCCAGGGAGAUCUGUCUGGAGCAGAAGAAACACACACUCCGAGAGGAGAUGCAGAGUCUGUGUAGCAGUGAGGAUGCGAUGGCCCUCUUAGACCACAUGGAGACACAGUACUAUGAGCUCCAGCUCCAACUGUAUGACAUCCAGGCUGAGAUACUACAGUGUGAAGAGCUGCUGCUCACCGCUCAGCUGGACAGCAUUCGCAGACAGAUGACAGAGCGUCAGGACGAAGUGGUGUAUUAUGACACCUUUGAAAGUGCAGACGAUAUUAUAGAGGAUAAUACUGCAGAGAGAGAAGAGCUGCACAGACUUCAGGUCAGCGCUCGACAGCUGGAGGCAAGAAGGGGGCGCAUCACUGCCAAGCGCUCCUAUCUGAGGAACAAGAGGGAGAUCUGUGUUUCCAACCACACCCAGAAACAGCAGAGACGCCAAACCAUCCACAGGGACUCUAUACCCCACCACAUGUUACAGCUGAAAAAUCAAGAUGAUGAUGAUGAGGAAAGGAAGAACAGCAGAGUUAGUCAGGAGAGGCAGAGAACUCUGGACAGACUUCGCACUUUCAAGCAACGGUACCCCGGUCAGGUGAUUCUGAAGUCCACUCGGCUACGUGUGGCUCACACCAGAAGGAGAGAGCGAGGAAGAAGCAUGGAAAUGAGUAGCGUGAGUGAACGGGAUGAGUGCGUGGACUCGGUCUGCGUCCAGACGCAGGGCCAGCCGAUCUGCCUGAGCACCAGUGUGCAGACGGACCCCAGCCCCAGCUCCACCCUCACCACUCAGCCCGUCACGGCCCUCACAGCGUCACUUCCUCCGCUGCCCGUGCCCAGUCCUGCAGACUCCUCCUGCUCUCCCUGCUCCUUCUCCUCACUGCUGGCCUCCCCUAUCUCCCCUCGUCCGCCUCCUCCCCCUCCGCCUCCGCCACCAACAAAGGAGGAGUUUUCGCCUUCUGGGAGUCCAGGCCGCUACGGGCAGAAGGCCGAGGGGAAGAGUGCAACAGAGGAGCUCGCUCUGUCUCCACUCGGCCCAUUCAUCCCUCGCUUCUUUGACAGCAGCCAACUGGUGAGCGCUCGGAAAAAGCUGAGGAAGACUCCAGAGUUCGACUCCCACAGCAGAAGAGUGAGCUCGCCCAUGGACGAGGUUCUUGCCUCCCUGAAGAGAGGCAGCUUCCAUCUGAGGAAGGUCGACCAGCGCUCCCUGUCUGCUAAUAAGGGCGACGAAGACCCCAACAGCAUCUUGGCUCAGAUUCGCAAGGGGGUCAAACUUAGGCGUGUCCCCUGUAAAGAGAGAAAAGACCAGGGAGAUCUCCCGCCCUCCACUGACCCGCUGACCAGGAGCAUCCACGAGGCUCUGCGACGCAUCAAGGAGGCCUCGCCAGAGUCUGAUUCCGAUGAUGAUGGGCUGGCUGGCCCUGACUGGGAAAGUUAGGGUCCAAGGCUCAAUAAAUAACACACACAGAUGACUGCACUCUUUGGCACUGCACAUACUGUACUGUACUGUACUGCAGAGUGCUGCGCUGUACUAUAAACACACACCAACACAUGCAGUUACUCACUCAUUCAAGCACGCACAGCCCAGUCACACAUGUACCGAGUGACUAUGCCAAGGCCAGAGUCAUACUGAUUAUCACCAACUCACCAAAUGCUCCAAAGGUCUACGGUCAAUCUGUUCAUUUGUUUUUCACACUACAUUCACCAUCAUGAAGGACGUUAACUGGUGUUUUUAUUUCUACUGUCUAUCACUGUGUUUUUAUUCCUGUAAUCAGACUAUACUGAUGCCAUGUUUGUUUUUUUAUUAUCACUUGUACUGUUGAUAAGCUCUGUACAGAACAGACACGGCACUGACGCUUAUUUGAGAAACUGAAAACUGAAUGCGGGAAGUUAUUAGAACUGUGUGAUCUUUCCACUCACCUCAGAGCGUUACACAAAAUGUGCAGUUGUAAAUUUGGGGGCAUGUGGAAGGCUGAAAAACAAACUGAAGAUUGCACAUUGAUUCAAACUUGGAUCCCUGAAGUUACCGCCCACAUUGUUAAACCAUCAAAAAUCACCUCUGCUAUCUUUUUUCAUCAACCAGUGUGUUUUGACUGAGCCUCACUAUGUCGCCCGUCUGGUGUUGUCCCGUCUCUUGUAGAUAUGUGGUAGUGUCAGACAGUAUAUGGACCACUUUUCUAAUCAGACACUGCACAAAUACUUUAAAUCCUUUAGUCUGUGUCACCAGCUUUCUGCCCUUCCCCCACUCUUGUCCUCUUCUGGCUUUUACCUCCGGCGACUCUCACCCCCUGACCGAGUGAGGGAAUAUGUAUCGGCCCAUCUGUUCGAACGCAGCAUAUGGCCUGGCUGGUGGGAGAUAUAGAGGGUACAGUAGGUUUAUGAUUAUACGCCACAUCUAACAGCAUCUCUAAUCUGAAGCUGGUCACCUUGAGUAGGAGAGGAUUAGGCGAGGGGUCAUCGGUGGUUUCUUUAGCGAGGUGGGGGUCACGGUUAGUGUCAGUAGUCUUUGUGAAGUGUGGGCAGAUCUGGUCGGUGAUUCCCAAACUUUGUAUGUGGGAUGGUCACGCUUGUUUGAAUGAUGGAUGGUUUGUGGGAGGUUGGAUUCUCUCAUCGCUGCGGGGAGUCAAUGUGGGCCGUGGAGUCGGCGGCCGUGAUUGAUGCGGUUUCUUCUGCCAUCUUUUUCACUUUCCUCCGUUGUACCGCAUCUUUUCUAAUUUCUUUCUCUGCACUCGGUGGGCAGAAGCACACAGUAGGAGGUCUGUUACUCACAGUGCUGGAAGUGAAAACAUGCACACAUGGGCUCGCACACUAAAUUCACAGCCAACAUGUGCAGAGACAUUCUACAGGCAAAGUGAGACCUCUCACAGCCUCUUCUGACGUGUCUUUUCUUCAGAGAUGGUUUCAGCACUUUCAUGGUACAAAUUCUGAAUCACUUUAUCUGUACAGUAACAGUUUUGUUGUUUAGUCACUGACGAAGCAUACAGUUUAUCUGCAGUAGAUGAGUAAGUUUAAAAGCACUGAAUAACUUGUGGAAUAGGAGCUAAAUAUGUGUGACGAGAGGAGCCGAGCAGCACAGGAAUGCACAUUAACAUAACGUGAAACGAAAAGAUGUGGAUUCAUAAACUGAGCUUCAGCAUGCACUGUCUUAAACAGCUUUGAUGCAAAGAUUUGAGCUUUUCUCUCGUGCUUUAGUUGAGAGCCAUUCACAGAUUAAUCAUGAAGGAGACACUAAUGCAGAAAUAAAAGGCACAGAUGUAUAUGUCACAACUUGGAAAAAAAGCUCAGUGCUUUAAGAGGGUUUAUUAUUUUCCUGGCCGAGCAAACCUGAAGCACUGGUACAUGUCUUCUUUAACUGUCAGCACAAUGUUCUUCCAUGGUACCCUCAUCAUGUACGUAGCAUGAGACGGAUCUAACCCUGACCUGACUCCUAACUCAAAGCUAUCUCUGACCUCACAUGACUUCACUAGACCUGACCUGAAGAUGUUAGUGCUAAGGUUUAUGUUGCUCCUUUAAAAAUGGCCAAUAUACUCAAAACUUUUGGGAAAGUGGGCUCAGGAGGCGACACCUUUGAGCCAGCUAUCUCUCACCCGACUGACCUGACCUGUUUUACACUUACCUAAAUCUAUAAAUAACCUUAACGCAGCUUGUUUGUCAGCGAACUGUAAUUUUUGCAUUGCAUUUCAUUGCUUUAUUUGUGUCCUGUUUUGUUUUUUCCAAAGCAUUUCCAGCCAAAUUGUUUUGUGAUGCGUUUGCUUCUGAGCAUUUCCUCUAUACUUUAGACCUGUUAUUUACACAGGCUGACUAUAUGACCCUUUGUCUGGAUACCAGUCAGCUACUUGAGAAGUGCAAUAUGAAAAUAGAGAAAUACAAGAAAAGGGAUGAAUCAGCUUCAGGGGUGAUAAUGAAUUCAGAUUGAUUGCCUAAAACAAUGGACUAACUAAACAUUGCAGUUGUUUUUACUCCGUAGUGUAUUGACAGACUGUUCCAAGAAUACCUUUUUGCCUUUUGUCCUACCAUUUUCAUUUAUUCAAGUAGUUUUUUUUUUUUAAUUUACAGCCUUGCCCUUGCAUUUGAAUAAAACCUUGUGAAGCAAA